AUGGGCUGGAUAGACCAAUCAGAGCCAGGUAUUCUGUUGCUUGGUGCUGCUUUGACCUGGUUUGACUCAGCCACAUGCGGUGGUUGCAUCUACCCGCAGCUUCGGGUGGUUGUACCGACACUCGUUGCCGAACCUGCAGUUGCCGGUCCUGACAUAGUGCUGGGGUUUGGCAAGAGAUUGCAGGUGAACGUACAGCACAGUCUGGCAGGCCAGGUCUCUCCGGAUGCUUCUGGUGGUGGUACAGCCGAAGGCGCGGCCCUGCAGGCAGCAGCCAUGCCUCUGACAGCUGCUCCUCCCACUCUUCCCACUCGCCCUCCCCUUGCCGCCACUGCUGCUGCUGCUGCUGCUGCUGCUGCUGCUGCUGCUGCGGCUGCUUCUGCUGCUGCUGUGGUGGCUUCGGGAGCUGAGCAUCUUGAGCAUACCCAACAACAGCAGCAGCGGCAGCUGGAUUAG